AUGGAAGAUACAAAGCUGUCUGGUGAUAAUGACAAAAUAGAAAGAGAAGCUCCUCAACUAGUUACAGUGUUGAAAGAUAUAAAGAGUGGGUUAGAUGAUCUCAGAGCUAAAGUUCAUGUCUUGACUUCAAAGGUAAAGUCAGGUGUAUACCCAACAUCAGAUGGGAUGAGCUAUCUUGAGGCAAAGCAUUUGCUUCUUUUGAAUUACUGUCAGUCUCUUGUAUAUUAUUUGCUUCGCAAGGCCAAAGGACUUCCAAUUCAAGGACAUCCUCUUGUCCAUAGUCUUUUAGAGACACGUUUGUUUUUGGAGAAGAUCCGCCCAAUUGACAAGAAGCUGAAUUACCAAAUUAAAAAACUUACAAGCCUAACAAAUGGGAAUCCAAUUCCAAUGGAGGAUGUAGAUCCCAACAAACCGGUUGCUUCAGAUGAUUCUUUGAAGCUUCGUCCAAACCCAGACAUGCUUAUAGACAAAGUUGCUCCCGAGGAUGGUGAUGGGUUGUAUCGACCUCCGAAGAUAGCUCCAGCGUCAAUGAAAAAGUCAAAAGAAGAGAGAAAUGUGUCGAGAAAAGAGAAACAAGCCUUGCGACAAUCCGAACAAAACGAAUAUGCUAGAGAUCUCAUCAAUGAUCUCGAGGGAAGACCCCAAGAGGUGAGGGAGGUUAUUGGUACUGAAGAUGAUAGUGAGGUGAGGAGAUAUAAGGCAAAAAUGGAAGAACGUGCAAGGAGGGAAGAAGACCUCUUCACCCGUGCUCCUCUUACAAGUAUGGAAAAGAAGAAGCUAAAACAGAUGCGCAACUCAAGAAAUGGGCUGGCAGGUCUAGCUGAUGGUUUCUAUGAUGAUAUUAAAUCCUUAGGCUUACCUCUAGAAGAAGGUGAUGAAGGUCAAACAUCCUUCAUGGAUUCAGAUGCUGGAGGAAGGAAGUUGAAGAAGAGGCACAAGAGACGACAUUAGGGAUGGAUGGAUGGAUUGGUGAUAGAAACUCUUAAUAUCAUAAUUCUACAAUCACACAACCGAUGGAUGGAUUGGUGAUAGAAACUCUUAAUAUCAUAAUUCUACAAUCACACAACCUUUACUUUUACCUUUAUGCCAUGAGGAUCAAUCUAUGUGUUUUCUACAGUUUCUUGUAUUUCUUCAAACUUUUUUCAUUUUAUCAAUUUUGUUUUGAUGCUUUCUUUUAUGUGGUUUCGACUUACCUAUUUUUUGCACAUAAGCCCCCUCAACCUUUGAAUGUUAGUUGCAUUAUCAAGACUUAAAUCCUUCCAACACUUGAAAACUAG